ACUUAAACCCUGAUCCCUUGGAAGAACAGCCAGUUCUCUUAACCACUGAGCCAUCUCUCCAGCCUCUGUGAUUUUUUAUAUAGUACUUCUUAGACAUAUCUUUUUCAUUUUUAAAAAAUACUUAAGAGUAUGUGUUGUCUUUGUGUUCUUGAGGAAGCCAGAAGAAGGUAUUGGAUCGGCUGGAGCUGGAGUUACAGAGUCUUUGUUGUGGAUAAAUAAUUCGGUGAGAAGAUUGGUGAGCUGUAUGGACUCGUGCUUUACUAGGCUAUUCGGCCAUGGAAGCUCAUCUCACAGAUGUGGAUUCUUCAGUCAGUGCAUCUAGAAACUCACCUGUGGAAGAUGAUGAUGUUGUGUUCAUUGAAUCAAUACAGCCUCCAGUUUGUGCUCCAGCAAUAGCUGAGGAAAGAGACUUUGUAUUUGCAUCUUCAAAACAUGAAAAUCCACAAGGAAAUUAUUCCAUAAUUCCUUCUCCUUUAAAAGAUUUGACUUCUCAGAAGGGAAGUAUAUCUGAAACAAUUGUUAUUGAGGAUGAAGAGGACCCAGAAACAGAUGGAGGGGAGGAGAAAAAUUCUACCAAGUUUACUGAAUGGGGACCUCCUGGAAACAAAAAUAGUACCAAAAAUUUGGAUUUCUUCCUUUCCAGUCUAUCAAGAAGUAAGACCAAGACUGGAGUAGGACCUUUUAAUCCUGGUAGGAUGGAUGUAGCAGACACACUUCACAGUGGAAGAUUUCCAGCACAUUACAAUCCUGAUUCUUGGAUCUCCCAGUCAGCAUCAUUUCCUCGUAACCAGAAACAACAAGGGGUGGAUUCUUCAUCACCAGUGGCCUCACUUCCUAAACAGAUAUUCCAGCCUUCUGCCCAACAACAACCCACUAAACCAGUUAAAGUCACGUGUGCAAACUGCAAAAAACCUCUACAGAAGGGGCAGACAGUUUAUCAACGAAAAGGAUCAGCUCACCUCUUUUGUACAACUACCUGCCUUUCUUCUUUCUCUCACAGACGUACUCAAAAGACACAGAAUGUGACAUGUAAAAAAGAUUGUCCUAUGAAGACAACAACCAUUAUUCCUCCAGUGGAGUCAAGCAAGUCCUUACCAGAAUUCCGUAAUGCAUCUCUGUCUCCCAAUGAAUGCUACCAGAGUCUCAGAAAAGAAGCUUUUACUAAGUCAAGAUGUAUAAUGUGUAAUAAAUUAGGAGAGGUUCGCCAUGAAAUCAGUGUUAACAAUAUAACACAUAAACUUUGUAGUAAUAAUUGCUUUAAUGAAUACAGAUUGACUAAUGGUCUAAUAAUGAACUGCUGUGAACAGUGUAGCAAGUAUAUGCCCAAGAAUACUGGACACAAGGUCCUGAUUACAGGUCAGCAAAAGAGAUUCUGCUGCCAGAAUUGUGUCAAUGAAUAUGAAGAGAUAAUGGAAAAAAGAUCAAAAUUAUUACUUUUACAAAACAGAAAAAGGAAUGCUACCAGAGAAGAAAAUGAAAGAAAAUUACUUGAAUCAAGCACACUUUCAGAAAAAAUAGAAAUACCAGAAAAAAAGGGAAAGAGCUCAGAGGUAAUAAAAGUUGCAGCAGAAUGUAGCCUAGAUGCGUCACGGAAGGAGCAGCAUGGGAACUCGCCUCCUGAGACAGCCAUGCCUGAUACAUUGCAAGAGCAACCGGGAGACAGACGCUCGGAAGACCCCGCUGUGUCAGCUGUACUCUCUUCAGAUCCAGGCUCGUGGCCCCGGAUUUUGAAUAUGAAACAGCGUGAUAGUCUUGUCAAAAAUGAUCCACCUCAACUAAGAAAUUUCAAUUUUCCAAAAGACAACACAGGGAGGAAGUUUUCGGAAGCGUACUACACACGGAUUCUUCCGAGCGGUGAGAAGACCACCAGAUCCUGGCUUCUCUACUCAGCCUCCAAAGACUCAGUGUUUUGUCUGUAUUGCAGACUCUUUGGAGAAGGGAAGAAUCAACUGAAAAAUGAGAAUGGGUGCAAAGAUUGGCAGCAUCUGUCACAUAUUCUCGGGAAACAUGAGGAAAGUGAAAUGCACAUCAACAACAGUGUUAAGUAUUCCAAAUUAAAAUCUAACUUGAAUAGUAAAACCGAUGAAGCUGAUAUAGAGCGUAGAUUUUAUGAGGAUGGGGAAAAUGGUGUGCUGCUGUUGUACACAUAAUGUCCUGUCUGCUCUAGACAUCACAGGGUCUGCAUUACACAGGAAAGUUUUGUACCAGGAGACAGUACCAUUACAUUGUGGUACUCUUUUGUACCAGGAGACAGUACCAUUACAUUGUGGUACUCUUAAGUGGAGGAACUUACGGAAGUUUGUUACCACUAUGUCUAAUAGCAAAUAAAUAGUAAAAAUAUUCCUGUUUCAAAUUGAAAAGCCAUUGGAGUAAAUAAUGAUUCUUGCAGAUUUUAUUAAAGGCAGUUUGAGUUCUAUCACUAUGGGGGUUCUCACCUUGUAAAGUUGUUCUUAGAGGACUUCCACUUAAUGGCCUGAGAGCCAGAAAAGACAAGAUACAUUGUAGAAUAAGCAUUUUUUUUUAACAUUGUUAAAAUAUAUUCAGGUUGGGCAGGGUUGGCACAUCCCUUUUAUCCCAGCUCUCGGGAGACAGAGGCAGGUGGGUCUCUGUGAGUUCAAGGCCAGCCUGGUCUACAGAGUGAGUUCCAGGACAGCCAGGGAUACAAAAAAAAUCCCUGUCUUGAUAAACCAAAAAAGAAAAUAUAUUCAAACAGCUUAAGAACUGAAUAGGAUCAGAAGCUACAGCUGUUUGCUAUUAAACCAAAUUCUUGUGUUUUCUUUCUUUAAAACAUUUUUUUUCUAUUUGCACAAAUCAGUUCAUUUGUUACAGUAAAUAAAGGUAUUUUGAAUUUUAUUGGCUUUUUAUUUUUGUUUUCAGUUUAAUGUGUAAAUGUUUUAGCUUUUCUUAAAUAAGAAUUUUAAUUACUAAGAAUAUAUUGCUAUUUUUCUGUUAGUAUGACUAUAAGAGACAUUAAAAACGUGUGUAGACAGGUGGUGGUGCAUGCCUUUAAUCUCAGCACUUGGGAGGCAAAGACAGAUGGAUCUGAGUUCAAGGCCAGUCUGGUCUACAGAGCAAGUUCAGGACAGCUAAGGCUACACAAUGAAACCUGUCUCAAAAAAAAAAAAAAGUGUGUGUGUAUGUGUGUGUGUGUGUGUAUUUAACUUUCAGUGUUGUACUUUUCCCUGUGAAAGUAUAAUCCAUGUGUGAAAUUUGAGAAACUAUGAAUCUAAACAAUUUUUUUUCAGACUUAAUUCACUGUGUUUUUUUCCUUGUUUGUAUAAAAACCUUUAUGUGGUAGCCACAGCUAGAGCUUGGGACAGAGACUGGUGUGGGUUUUCACAAGAUGGUCAAUGAAUAUCUUCUGAUAAGGAGACUUGGUGAAUGAACAGUCUCUUUCCAGAGGUUGGGGGUAGGUCUUGGAGAGGGCAUCAAAGGUGGCCUUGGCAAAGUUGCCCAGGGUGGCAGUGCAGCCCCUGGCUGAUGUUAGGCAGUCAAUACCAGCCAGUAGCAGCAGCUUCUUGGGCACAGGAACAGAGACAGUGCUAGUGCCUGUGGGGGCGGGGAUGCGACACACCAGCAUGGAGCCGCAGCAGCCGAUUGCCUUGCGUGGAACAGUGUGGGCCUUGAAAAUCUUGUUCCACCUUAGUCUCUCUGCACAGGGACAGUGGAAGGCUUGGCCAAGAUGAUGGCCCCUCAGAUGGCAGUGACUACCUUCUUGGAGCACUUAACACCAAGACCAGCAUGACGAUUGUAGUCCCCAAUAUUAACAGAAGCCUUGAACCUGUUCUACUGGCCAGCCUGAGUCUGCUUCUGCACUGAAAUCUUUAGAACAUCAUCAGGGAUGAGCCCAGGGAAAAACGUCAGUAAUCUGAAAUUCCUUAAUGGGCAGGGAGAACAAGUAGGUCUCCCAGGACUUGUCUAGUAAGCUUUCUCAUUGGGACUGCCAGCCCACAGAUAAUGACAUGGAGACUUACUAUUAAUUAUGAAAGCCUGGCCUUGGCUUAGAAUUUUUUUUUUUUAACUAGCUCUUAUAACUUAGUUAACCUAUUUCUAUUAAUCUAUAUUCUAUCACAUGUGACUCAGUUACCUUACCCUGCCCAUUAUGUUGGACUUGUUCCGAAUCCCACUGGUGUCUCCCACGUCCCUAGGUUCAUCCCUCUGACUGCCUCUCUGCCAGAAGUCCUGCCUCUUUCCUGCCUAGCUAUUGGCCAUUUCAGCUCUUUAUUACGCCAAUCACAGCAACACCUCUUCACACAGUCCAAACAUCCCACAACUGACUUGAUCUUCACAUCCUUGACUAGAUGGCCCGGCAUGGUGAUGGGUUUCCAUUCCUUGUCUUCAGCUUUACCUCCACAAGCCUCCAAGCCUGGACCACAGCCACAGUGACUACUGCAACUCCCAAAGCCUCCCAAUCCUGGACCCCAGGGUUCUCCAUGCCCUCCUGCUGCACCAACAUCAUCCAUCAUUUGAUAUUUUCCCAAAGAAGAAUAAGCAAAUGUAAAAAUUUUGAUUGCCAUCUAGGGUCCUGAUCACUAUGAAUUUGAUAAUUUUCUCUUCUGAUAAUUUUAUUUAUUAAAUUCUUAGGGGUGUGUGAACUUGUUUCACCAUUGGGGGCUUGUGGUUUGAAUAGCAAUGGCCUGCUUAGACUGGGAGAGGCACUAUUAGGUGUGGCCUUGUUGAAGGUGUGUCACUGUCUGGGUUUCGGGGUCUCAGAAGCUCAAGUCAGUUUUCUCCCUGUUGCCUCUGGAUCAAGAUGGCUCCUUCUCUAGUACCAUGUUUGACUGUACACUGCCUUAUUUCCUGCCCUGAUGUAAGUCGGCCCCAAUUAAAUAUCUUCCUUUAUUAGAGUUACCGUGGUCAUGGUGUUUUUUGUUUUUUCACAGAAAUAAAACACUGAGACAUGGC